AUGGACGGGGACGAAGACGUGGUCAUGGGCGAAGCUCGCGUACCAGAAUCCGCACCAGGCCCAGCUCCCACAUCAACCUCCACCAUCCCCAUCGGCGGCGGUCGUCCGUCUCCUCCGUCUGCAGAAGAGGCAUCGCUCACGCCAGAAGCACAAAUACAAGCCCCCAAUGGAUCCAAGGAACAUACUCAGUCCCUACUAGCGACCUUCCACCAAAAAGUGCAUAGUCCCGGGAAACUGCUGAAGGAGAUUGAAGACCACCAAGCAGGCAUCUCGACUCCCAACAACGAUCCUACUACCGGCACGCCCCGGCCCACUGUGGCGGCAGGACACCACGUCAAGGCCGAAGCAGAUACCGCCAUCGCAGACGAAGAGGCAGAGGACUCAGAUUGGUCUGCUGAUCACCAUGAAGGGCGCAGUAGGGCGCUGCACCGCGCCCAGCUUCCGACGGGGUAUUGCUAUGAUAAUCGCAUGCGGUAUCAUUGUGAAGUGAAGCCUACACUGGACGUCCAUCCGGAAGAUCCCAGGCGCGUGUAUUAUAUCUAUCGAGAGCUGGGUAGGGCUGGGCUGAUUGCUGAUGGAGGGGAGUUUCAGGGGCCAUUGGUGCCUCAGCCGCUGAAGAGGAUUGAGGCGAGAGAUGCGACGGAGGCAGAGAUCAUGUUAGUGCAUACCAAGGAGCAUUAUGAGUUUGUGAAAAGCACGAAGGAUAUGUCGGAGGAUGAACUGCUUGAGCUUGAACAUACGCGGGACUCUAUCUAUUUUAAUUCGUUGACGUUUACGUCUGCGCUGCUUUCGUGCGGAGGUGCAAUUGAGACGUGCAAGGCUGUGGCGGAGGAGCGAGUCAAGAAUGCGAUUGCGGUGAUUCGUCCGCCCGGCCACCAUGCCGAGAGCAAUAAGACGAUGGGUUUUUGUCUGUUUAAUAAUGUCUCUGUGGCUGCGAGGGCAUGCCAGCAUGUUCUUGGGGACAAAUGUCGCAAGAUCAUGAUUCUGGACUGGUAA